GAAGGAGUCCAGCUUGGACAUUCCUCGUCUCUGGAUAGUUUUGGUCUUCCCUAUCCAAAGGAACGUUUAAGGCGAAGGCUUUCUUGACAACAACACGUGCAAGUCUUUCGACAUAUCUUUGCUCUUAAUACCACAAACCACGGCCGACUUGUUGCGAUGCACAAUACAUUCAGCAACGCAUUGAGAUGCCCCCGUUCGAGAAGAGUGCGAGCUAGUAGCCGAGGUAGAAUGCUUCGCCCCUCUUAUCAUCGUGGACAACCUUUUUUCCCUUCUUUUAGAUUGUCUUCGCUGCGGCCGAGUGCUGGGGAUCGACUCGACUCGACGCUGGCGAAACGCACAUUCGAAACACACAUCGAACGAGCCUGCCUGACCUCAGUCGUACCGGUACCGGUAACGGUACCUGAGUCCACUGGUGUUAGCCUGAGUCACGGGAGUGUCCCGGGUCCCGGGUAUCCGUGAGAUGUUUUAAGAUCCAAGACUGUCUACAUCCAGGCAGCUGCACGGGCUUAAAGUACAUGUAGUAAAAAAGAUCCAAGAUACAGGAUGAGAAGGGGGAUCUGCAAGAUGUCAUCGUGAAGUCAUGCAAAUGAAGCCAACUUGCACCACAAAAAGGCUAGAAGCAAUUCAGAGUAAGAAAACUCUUGGUCUCUAUCAUGCGUCUGCACACUGUUGGAACCCUCGCAAUCCUUAUCCUCGCGGCCUUCGAGUCCGUGAGCAGCUUUCAGGUGGGCGUUGGUAGGACCCAUAAAUCACUUUCGGUCGAACACAGUUUUCAUGUUGUCACCCCUAAGGGACCCGAAGCCAUCGGAUCUACUACCUUGGCUGCUACCGCUGCGGAAACUCCAGCAGAGCCAUGGACAAAGCCUCGUCUACACAACAAUCCGCUAGUUAGGUCGGCCGUUCUAUUGGCCGCCUUGAUGUUAACGGGUAUCUCGUCACCCUUCGGCAAGCUUCCUGCUGCCGCUAUGGCGUCGGUGCAUGUCCUUUCUUUUGGCACUUGGUUUGGCACGGUGUUUUACACAACGUUCAUAGCAGGCCUCACCAUGUUCAAGGCACUCCCUAGACAAACCUUUGGAAAGUUACAAAGCAAGCUCUUCCCCAAAUACUUUGCGUUGAGCUCCCUGACUAUUGUGCUACAGUUGAUCACAGCUAGCCGUCUCCCAGGCAUUGCAGCAGCCUCUUCACGUGCUCUUGGGGUAUCCCUUGUCAUGACCCUAUUGAACCAAUUCAUCCUGGAACCCAAAAGUACCAAAGUCAUGUUUGAUCGCUAUGAGUUCGAAAACUCGGAUGACCCAGCAGCGCUCGAAACCGACGAAUACAAGAAACUACGAGCUGGCUUCGGAAAGUUGCAUGGGAUGUCGUCUCUGACAAAUUUGAUUGCAUUCGUUGGUGCAGUUGUUCAUGGAGUCUUGCUUUCGUCUGCAUUGGUAGCUCCUUAGUUUGUACGCCACCAGCGCUACAACCAGCCAGCCCUUUUCGCCUACAAGGCCACGAAUAGAUUGAAAGCUAUUGCUGUUUUAUUGAAUUUAGAGUCAUUCUACUACCAGGUAGCUAGUAACGAAAGCCGCUUAAAAAUAUCUAUUGAGUGGCGUUCAUUCAUCCUCAGUAGGCUUGCCAGUGAAGC